AUGCACGAAGUGACAAAUGUUUCCAUUAUUCUAUUCAUGGCCGCUUUCGGCGGCCUCUUCAUCGGUCUCAACCUGGCGUCCAUGACGGGCAUCCUCGAUGUCAUGAUAUUCUCGUCCGACCCAGAUUCACCGUUUCAGCGAGAACUCGUGACUUUCGUAAUGCCUUUUGGCUCAAUACUGGGGGCCCUCAUAUCUUCGUAUAUCGUUGACCAAUUCGGAGUGUCGAGCCCGUUGCGCGGGGCGAUUCUGCUUCUUCUAUACGUGUUAAUCGGCACCGGUAUCCUGUCGACAAAUGGCAUCCAGUUCAUGGCAACCCGGCUCAUCGGGCGGACAGUUCCUGGAAACGACGAACCAGAAGCUGUUGUUUCUGCUCUUCGGGUCUCGUUUAUCCUUCAAAUCAUCCCUGGCCUUGUGUUCAUGAUGUUUGCAUUGACGAUGCCCGAGAGCCCGUAUCGUCUUGCCUCCCGGGGCCAUUGGCGUGAGGCCCACGGAUUGAUGGCCGCGCUGGAGGAUGGCACCACGACUGAUCCCAAAGUUCUGGCGCACUAUGAGCAAAUGCGAGCCGAGAUCCAAGCUCGACGCGGAAGUGGACGGCCGAGGCUGCUCAUGUUGUUCCAUGCAUCGGAAAGGAGCAAGCUCGUGUUGGGCGUGUACCACGCUACCCAUGUCUUGGCUUCAGCAGGAAUCGUUUGGUACCCCUUGGCCGUGUCCCUUGUAUAUCUAUUCAACGUCAUCGCUGCGAUGGCGGGCUCAAGUAUUGCGGAUAUUUGGGGUCGGCGAUUGACCCUGAUGUCUGGCUCCAUUGUGAUGAUAGCAUGCCUUAUGAUAAUGGGGAUCAUCCAGGUCGGAUUUGCCGAGCUCAACUUGGGCUAUUUCGAGGACCCUUUCUUUGACAACUUGGUCUACGUCAUCCGAAACCCCAGCGUUUCCAAUACCAUGCUGGCUUUUGUCUCUCUAUCUGUAGUCACUUAUGCGGCUACAUGGGGUCCCACGUCUUGGGCCUAUUCGACAGAGAUAUUCCCGACUUACCUUCGCAGCAGAGGGGUUGCGCUGUGUACGGCGAGCUUCUGGGUGGGCAAUUGUAUCAUGACCCUUGCGGUACCCAGCAUGCUCAACUUCGUUGCUUUUUUGCACGCGCUGGCUGGUUUUCGCGAGACCCAAGGAGGCCCGCUGGAGGAGAUGGACGAUCUCUUCAAUUCAGAAGACUUUGCAUGGCACUUUCAGGCGAGGGGGGUCAAGUUCAACCACUUGGUGUCGCGGUUUGAGAAUGACCCGUCUGUGGUUGGCAAUGCUGCUCGCGAUGCUGAUAGGCCGGCGCAGGAGGAUAUUGAAUUGGGAUCAAUGGACGGCAAUACCAUCACCAAUGUAGUUGCUGUAUAG